UUAAAAGGCACGAAAGGUGUGGCGACGACAACCACCAUUCCUCUCGUAGCGCAGCAAUAACAAUAAAAAUCGUGUCAAUAUGAACAAUCGACACGGAUCUAUACCCAACCAGGGUAGCGAUCAGUCCCCCCUUUCGCUCCUCGUGAACGCCGCGGACAAUCACGAGCCCCCGCGAGGGCAACAACGCGACGGUGGUAUAAUGCAGGGUCGAGGUUUCGCCGAAACGCUACGCCUCCGCGGUCUUGGUGGUGACGCGGGACUUUCGCUUGAAGAGCAGCUUUACCUCCAACAGCAUGCUCAGAACGCUUACGGCGCUCCGAUGUCGGGUGGUCUGCUGGGGCAGUUUCGUGACCAAGGCAUCUUUUCCCAGUAUGGUGGGCAACAACAGCAGCAGCAGCAGCUGGCUUCGCUUUUGGGGCUCGGUGGCGGCAACAACAAUCAUUCAGCAGAUAUGCGCUCUGCUCUCGCGGCGGCUCAGCUUCGUCAGCACCACCACCAACAACAACAGCAGCCUCGGUUGUCUCAUGCAGAAAUCUUGGCACUUAGUCGUUCGGGGGCUCUUAACGGACUUUCUGGCAUUUUGGGAGGAAUGGGUGGAGUACGCGGCCCUGGCUCAAACUCUGCUCUUGCGUCGGAGCUUGAAGGUUUGCAGCGUCUUGAAGAGCGUCGCCAGCAGCUACUGGCCGCAUCUUCGCAGUCUCCGAUGGUAUCGUCGAGUCGACGUCCUGUAGAAGCCUCCAGCGGUAUGCUUCGCGAAGAUCCGUCGGAGAGAAUGGUCCGCCAGGACCACAAAGUUCAACACAAGAAAAAAGCCUCUACUGCUGCUGUAACCAGCGAAGCAGCCCUGUCCGCUCUGCCGGCUGGAGCAAGUAACAAGGAUGAAAUGGAAAAGGCUCCAGGCUCUGUGAUCGUGCCAUGUCGCGCCAGGGGAAUGCCAAUGGAUCACAACUUCAAGACAGCAUAUUUCGUCAUUCCCGAAAACGUCAAACAUGGCGAAGAGCUCAUCUGCUCGUACUUCGCCUGUCGCAAUGCCGGAAUCAAAUUUCGCUACUGUUCACACUGCAAGGUCCCAGUUGCGAAACGCAACUUUCGCAAGCGGCACAAACAUGGCGGUGAAGACAUUCCAAAAGGCCCAGAUGACGACUCUGGAGGCGAAGACGACCACACUGACAUGAAGAAUGGCAUUCCCGCCCAGAUCUCUACCCCAUACGAUAACGCUGUUGAAGCUGAUGGGAUCUCGUCGCAUAGUGCAGACUCUGACAUUCAUGAUAAACAGCCAAUCGAAACGGACGCUAAAACGGCUGGGGUUCGGUCGUCCAGAUCUACGAUGGAGAAAGAUCAAACGAUGAAGACUAAUAGUGCCAUGCAGAAGCCUGUGUCGCCAAAAAAGCUCAUCGAUAAAACCGGCAAGGACCGUCACGAGCGUUGGGUAGCUCUACUUGCAACACGCCCAGCUACAAAAGACGGAGGCUCUAUGUCGUCAUGGCUCAUGGAAGUUUUGGCUGUCAGUGAUCUCGAAACACCCCUCCCAAGCACCCCAGCUGCUGAUAAGGGAAAAAAGAAUAGCUACAAUGGUAGCAAAACUGAAUCCAAGAAAAAGAAGAAUCCAGAUUUGCCGGUUACCAAGUUCUCGACGAUCGAUCCAGGCUCAGGCUCAUCCAAUGAUGCUUCGGCGAAUGAGCACAGCGACAGAAGUAAGCACUCGAAGCCGAUGGACAGUAAAACAAAGGCUACCGGAGUGUUUGUUGGCGGAAUUGUGAAAAAGAAACGAUCAUUUGAUAUCACCAAGGAAGAGUCCCUCUCUGAAGGAGGAUCCGAGACAUUUGCGAGCGGUAGCUUUGCCGAGUGGAAGGAGCGCAAACGCCAGAAGAAGCAGGCGAAGUCAGGGAGCUUGUCUUCGAAAGAAGAUCAUGAGCAAAACUAG